CGGCCGAAGACUAAUUUAGUGAAUAAAGGCCUAUUUACUUGACUUUCAGUUGUAGAAGAGACAGAUCAGCAAUCCUGUGUUACAACUGCAGCUUCACAAAUAGACAAUUGUCAACAAAAUAAUGGAAACUAAUGAUGUUAUAACAUUUCAUCAGUGUGUUGUAUGUGACUCAAUUUUUCAACAAUAUGAUGAUUUAGAAAAACACAAUAAGAUGCAUGUUAAAAAGGAGAAAACUGAUGAUGUAGAUGAAUAUUGUCAUGUUAAAGAAGAGAAAACUGGUGACGUAGAUGAAUAUUGUCAUGUUACAGUUGAGAAACCUGAUGUUGUAGAUGAAUAUUGUCAUGUUAAAGAAGAGAAAACUGAUGAUAUUGAAACUGUUUAUCAGUGUAAUUUGUGUGAUGAAGAAUUUAAUUUAGAAACAGAGUUAGAAAAACACUGUGAAAUACAUGUUAGUCAUCAGCAAGGGCAAACCGGCGUAAAACCUUAUAAAUGUAAUAUUUGUAGUAAAUCAUUUAGUAAGAAAAGUAUUCUACAGAAUCACAGUAGAACUCAUCCUGAAGUAAAACUUUUUAAAUGUGAUGUUUGUAGUAAAUCAUUUACUAGCAGUAGUCAUCUACAGAGACACAUCAGAAUUCACACUGGUGAAAAACCUUAUAAUUGUGAUGUUUGUAGUAAAUCAUUUACUAAUAGAAGUCAUCUACAGACCCACAUCAGAACUCAUACAGGUGAAAAACCUUAUAAAUGUGGUGUUUGUAGUAAAUCAUUCACUCAGAGUAGUAAUCAACAGAAACACAUGAAAACUCAUACAGGUCAAACACCUUAUAAAUGUGAUGUUUGUAGUAAAUCAUUUAGUGAGAAUUUUAGCUUACAGAUACACAUGAGAAUUCAUACUGGUGAAAAACCUUAUAAAUGUGAUGUUUGUAGUAAAUCAUUCGCUAUGAGUAGUAAUCUAUAUAGACAUAUUAGAAUUCAUACUGGUGAAAUACCCUUUAAAUGUGAAGUUUGUGGUAAAUCAUUCACCACUAGUAGUAAUCUACAGAGACACAUAAGAAUUCAUACAGGUGAAAAACCUUAUAAAUGUGAUGUUUGUAGUAAAUCAUUCAGACAAUGCAGAAGCCUACAGUCACACAUCAGAAUUCACACCAGAGAAAAACCUUUUAAUUGUGAUGUUUGUAGUAAAUCAUUUACUGAAAGUAGUCAUCUACUAACACACAUAAGAAGUCAUACUUGUGAAAAACCAUAUAAAUGUGAUGUUUGUAAUAAAUUAUUCACACGUGGUAGAAACCUACAAAGACACAGAAGAAUUCAUAGUGUAGAAAAAUCAAUACAAUUGUGAAUUUUGUAGUGAAACAAUCACUCUAGUGAUGGUCUCUCAUACGGUUACUAUCGUUGAUAUAUAUAUCGGCCGAUACAGGUACAAUUACCGAUAGUGGUGGAUAUAAAACUAUCAGAUAUUGACAGAGAAAUAUAUCGGUUGAUACAGAAACCGAUAGUGGUGGAUAUAAAACUAUCGGAUAUUGACAGAGAAAUAUAUCGACCGAUACAGAUACAAUUACCGAUAGUAGUGGAUAUAAAACUAUUAAACAUUAAAGUGCCCCAAAUGUCAUGAUAAUCAAUGUAGAAAUGUCUGGUGCUAUUUUAUCUCGAGAAUUAAACACAAACAUUUAUCGUGAACUUAAUUAUUUGCUGUAUGAUUAAUUAAUAAAGUUGAGAUUAUCAGUUAUUAAAUGUUGAUUACGAUAUAAUUCCCUAAAUUGAUCAACACCUGUAUGUCUAUCACAGAUGUCAGAAUGAGUAAUGAUACAACAUCAACAGUAGCAAUCAUAUGACAUUCUCUCGUCAUUUCUGUAACUGGAGUUGAAAAAAACCCCAUCUAUUGGGAACUUAACUUAUGUGUUUGUAAUAUUAUGAAUUAAUAAAGUGUAAUCUAUAUUUUAUGAGUUAUUAAAUGUUCAUAACGAUACAAAUUAUGUCUACAUU